AUGAUGAUGAGUCGCGGUGGCACGAGCCGUGUGGCCAACACUGCAGUGACGGUGGCGAAGGGUUUAAGCUGUGAAGUUGGUGGUUUGAGGAGUGAGAGCACCCUGGCUUUGUCAGAGAAGGAGAAGACGGAGAAGAAGGUUGAUUUGUCAUGUGCUGGUGGAAAGAAAGAGCAGAAAGGGAUUAUGAGUUAUUGGGGCAUUGAAUCCUCUAAGAUCAUCAAACAAGAUGGCACAGAAUGGAAGUGGAACAGUUUUAGGCCUUGGGAGACAUACAAAUCAGAUGUUUCGAUUGAUCUGAAGAAGCACCAUGCACCCACCACGUUUCUCGACAAAAUGGCUUUUUGGACUGUCAAAGCUCUUAGAUACCCCACCGACGUGUUUUUCCAGGAAUUGGUUGAGUAG